CAGCUGGCACUCCCCGACGCUCCACCUGGCGGGAGCACCCAGGCCUGCGUGCGCGGAGGGACGGGCCUUGGACAACAUGGUUUCCACGCUGACCCCCAGGCUGGCCCUGUCUUUGCUGCUGCUUCUCAGGGCCCUGCCCGCGGUGGCCUACUCUGUACCCCUGCAGGCCGCUUUCCUGGAGGACACAGGGGGCAGUGGGGAGGCCGAGGGCUCAUCGGCCUCCUCCCCAAGCCUCCCGCCCCCCCGCACCCCGGGCCUCAGCCCCACCUCGGCGGGGCCCCAGCCCACGCCCCUGGCGGGCCCCAGGCCCCCCACCAACUUCCUGGACGGGAUCGUGGACUUCUUCCGCCAGUACGUGAUGCUCAUCGCCGUGGUGGGCUCCCUGGUGUUCCUGCUGAUGUUCAUUGUCUGCGCCGCCCUCAUCACCCGCCAGAAGCACAAGGCCUCAGCCUACUACCCCUCAUCUUUCCCCAAGAAGAAGUACGUGGACCAGAGUGACCGGGCCGGGGGCCCCCGGGCCUUCAGCGAGGUCCCCGACCGGGCUCCCGACAGCCGGUCCGAGGAGGCCCUGGAUUCCUCCCAGCAGCUCCAGGCCGACAUCCUCGCUGCCACCCAGAACCUCAAGUCCCCCCCCAGAGCUGCUGCGGGCGGUGGAGACGGAGCCAGGAUGGAGGGCAAAUUGGACGAAGAGGAGAGCAGAGGCCGAGAGGGGGACCGGGAAGCCCAGGGACGUGGGGUCCCGGUGGAGAAACGAGAGGUGCCAGAUGAGCCAUGCCCGAUGGUGGCAGAGGAGGCUCUGGAGGCCGGCCAAGGCCAAGGCGAGUCAGAAGCAGCUCCUUCGUUAGCCCAGGAAGCCAGAGGACCAGCUGGCGCCCCCGAGAGCCCCUGUGCUUGCAGUAUCACCCCCAAGGUCUAACAGGCCUCCGGGGCUGCUGGCCUUGACUGUCGACCCCUAACGGUCACCUCCAUGGAUACGGAAAGGCCCUUGACCCUCUCUGCUCCCUGACACCCCCACCUCAGUCACCCCCUGCUGCAAGUCCCAGUGUGUCCCUGCCCUGCAGUGGGCAGAGAUGCCGGUCUCCGGCCCACCCCGGGAAACUCCCCAAGUUCCAGGAACAUUUGCCCCUGCACCCCCAAAGGGCUAUGCUCCAAACACAGCUCCUCCAGGGAGGGGGAAUGGGAAGGAUCCCUGUUACAUUCAGGGGAACGCAGCCAACGAAAGCAACCAUAUCCUUUGGGAAACGUGGAUCGAGGGUCGCCUGUGAUAGUGCGGACCUCGCCGCUUUUCCAGGGGGUAGGAAAGAAAAGUCAGAAUAACUGGGAGUUUGGGACCAGGGUGAAUGGGACAAGCCCCCAGGGUGGGCGCAGUUAGAGCUACCAGUAGACGUGGGCCUGAUGAAUCAGGAAGCUUUGGGCCCGUGCACACAUUGCGACAGGUCCCCAAAUGAGCAUUUCCAAAGCUGCCUUCCCUGAGGUACUCUGUGGAAAAAGGAUUUGGGGGUCCAGUGAGUUGAGGAAACACUGCCUCUCUGCUCCCUGCACCCCCCUUAGAGCACCCCAGGGCUCUGCAAACACUCCAGUAAAGGCCCCUGUGGAACCGGAUUUCGCUUGGUCUCUCUCAAACUGCUUUUGACCACAGGGUUUUUUUUGUAUUUUUUUGCUUUUUUUUUUUUUUUUUUUUAUAGCUACAGAAUAAAUCUCGCAGAGCACACUCUGGAAAUUAGUGCCCCAAGUGUCCCUGAAGGUGUCCCCCAGCUUGUGGCUGGUCCAGGGUUAGGGGUGUGGGGUCUGGGGGUGCUCAGGUCCACUCGAGUUCUGCCAAGCAUCGCUGCCCGGGGACGAGUUGCUAAUCCUGUUCCCACCAAGGGCAUGGGAUGAAUGAAUUGAACCCUUCUUAUCAAGCCCCCAAAGUAACCCAGAAGCUGGGGGCUGCGUGUGAGGGGACCCCACUCUGGGGGAGACUGAGAAGGUGGGGGAGGGUUUCCAACAGCCAGCCUGGAGCCAGGGGUGCCGGGCCCCCCCUGCACUUCGUUCACAUGCAUGGUCUGGGAGCCUGUGCCCACAGCAUUCUUUAGCUUUCGACAAGGGAGACUGAGUUCCGUCCUGAUUUGGGGAGGCUCUGGGGGUGCUCUUCCUCAGCCCUUCAUCUGGGGCCUCCCCCCAACCUCUGCACAAUUUUUUAGGUGCUGAGAUAUAGCAAACUGGCACAAUAAACCUUUAUUCUGGCCCGA